UAUCUCACUGUUCUAUUUUUUUUUCUUCAUUUGCAUUAACCCUUUCUUACCUUGUUAUGAACAUGUAGGUCUUUCUUCUCUUCUUAGAAUUGGUGGGAGACAAAUAUUACUCUGUAAAUGGCCAAGAUGGUAAGGCGAGUAGUGGUUCCUGAAAACCCUGGUGCUGUAAUCCCGGACCAGGGAAGGACAGAGGAGUGGUGGCCUUUCUCAUUUCACAAGGUAUUUACUCGGCUGCUGCCCCACCACCAAACUAAACAAACACUUUUGAGCCUUUUAACUCCAUGAAACUGACAUUUCUGAGUCUAUUUGCAAAUGGGACACUAGAGGGCUCCCAAAAGUUACAAAUAAGUGAAAAGUUACUUGAAUUAAAACUGAUUCUGUACGGCAUUUGUUUUUUCAGAAUUUAAAACGGAUUUUUUAAAAACUAUUUUUAAAAAAACCUUAUAACGUUUUAAAGCUGAGCUAUCAGUAGUCAUUCUACAAGUAGUUUGAUUGCUUUGCAAUCACUAGUUUUCAAGGGAGUUUUAAAACUGAACUGAAAUAUUUGAGAUGUGGAAGACUCUUGACCAUGAAAUAUGUUCUACUUACAUGCCGCAGCCUUUAAAAGUUCUUUGCAUUAGAGUUAGGGACUACAUUCCUGGAGUCAAGCAUGGGGCCAGCUGUAUACAAGCCACACUUUUCCUUGCGGAGGCUGAUAAGGAUUUAAAAGGUUUCAGAGGUGAGUGUCAGAAACAUUCCCAACUCCACGACCAACACUUUACUUCCACCGCUGCCCACUGGAGAUCACUUAGACACAGAAGCGGACACGACAGCUGAAUUCAGGAAACCAUGCAUCAUGUCAGCAGGAGACAACUGCAGACUUUAAACUCUGUUCAACAUGUGGAUGCCCUGGAGAAAUGACCUGCCCAGACAAGCCAGGGCAACUUAUAAACUGGUUCAUCUGCUCCUUGUGCGUCCCGCGGGUGCGUAAACUCUGGAGCAGCCGGCGUCCAAGGACCCGGAGGAACCUCCUGCUGGGCACUGCCUGCGCCAUCUACCUGGGCUUCCUCGUGAGCCAGGUGGGGCGCGCCUCUCCACAGCACGCACGGGCACCAGACAAGGGGCCACACCAGAGCCGCGACGCUGCCAAGGCACCCUUUCCAGAGAUACCCCUGGAUGGGACUUUGGCCCCUCCCGAGUCCCAGGACAAUGGGUCCAUCCUGCAGCCCAACGUGGUGUACAUUACUUUGCGCUCCAAGCGCAGCAAGCCCGCCAAUAUCCGUGGUACUGUGAAGCCGAAACGCAGAAAGAAGUAUGCAGUGGCAUCUCUAGCCCCAGGACUGGAGGUUUUGGCCGGACCUUCCUUUCAUCCGCAGAAGGCUGCAAGGUCAGCAGAUGUUGAAGUGCCUAGAUAUGCCCAGGAAGCAGAUCUGGCCAAGGUCGGGGAGCGACCCUGGAAACUACUGCGGGCUCCCGGGCUGCGACCUAGAGGCCCUGACUUCCAGCUACCCAAGACCAGGGAGAGCAACAUCAGGAUCUACAGCGAGAGCGCCCCCUCGUGGCUGAGCAAAGAAGACAUCCACAGUAUGCGCCUGUUAGCGGAUGGUGUAGUCGCAGGCCUGCAGCCAGUGGCCUCUAAGAGCGGAGCACGCUUGCUGGUGCUGCAGGGGAGCGUCCCUGGCUCUGUGCCCCGCUGCGGCCCUAGCUCCUGUGGGCUGCUCAAGCAACCCUUGGACAUGAGUGAGGUGUUUGCGUUCCACCUGGACAGGAUCUUGGGGCUCAAUAGGACCCUACCGUCUGUAAGCAGGAAAUCAGAGUUCAUCCAAGAUGGCCGCCCGUGUCCUGUCAUUCUCUGGGACUCAUCGCUAUCUCCAACGAGUAAUGGGACUCAUUCUUCAGUUAAGCUCACAUGGGGAACUUACCAGCAGUUGCUGAAACAGAAGUGCUGGCAGAAUGGUAGAGUACCAAAGCCUGAAUGGGGUUGCACCGAAAUACACCAUCAUGAGUGGUCCAAGAUGGCACUCUUUGAUUUUUUGUUACAGCUUUGGAGGCUAUACCUGAGAGAUACAAUCAGGAUGGAGAAGAAUGCAAACCUUGAAAUCAUAGACAUGUGGGGUGGAAUCCUGAGUCCUGUCACUUAUGAGCUGAGGGACAUUGCAAAAGUCAACUAGUCUUUGCAUCUCAAUUUCCUCAUUUAUCAAAUGGGUCUAAUGAUAGCAUGUAUUUCUUAAGGUUCCUAUGAGUUUGAUGUGAAAUAAUACAUGUAAAGCAUUAAGUGUAUAGUUACUGGCACAUACUAAACACUCAACAAAUAACAGCUAUUAUAGGUUUCAUUAUUAAUAUUAGCAGCAUUCAGUAUGUUUUUUAUUGCCUUUGUUCAGAUAUUGUCUGAAAUUGCUCAUUUAAUCACAUUGUUUUGAGGAAAAAGAAGCUAUGAAGAAACUAGCCAAAACUUUGAUAGACCCAUUUUUUUGAAGACAUAGCUAGACUGAGAGGUGUGCAUAAGAGUGUGGAAGUUGGGUUUCUGUAGAUUUCUAGUGGACCUUGGGAAGUUGGGGCAGUGCAGCAGAAGCAUUCUUGUUUAGGCACUGUGAGCAUAAUCUAAGUCACUCAUAAGAUACUUUUUCCUACAUAAAAAACUAACACUAACAAGAGGAAAAUGGAAUUUCAAAAAAAAAACUUUAGAGAAGGAAAUAUAUCUAAAAAUAUUCCAACCAACAAAAAAAUUGGCUGGAACACCUGGAUUUUUCUAAGUAUAAUUUUAGUUAGGUAAACAUUGAAAAGAUCUAUUUUCCUAAAAGAGGAAAGAGUGAUUUUAUGGAAAAUGAUGGUUGGCAGUACUCUGGAGAUGCAGAAGAUCACUUCCACAAAGACUUUGCUUUGCUUUAAAGAGUGAGAAGAUGUAAAUUCAAACAAGCUACAGUAAUGAUGAUUAGCAUUCAUUUGUGAUUGCCUAACAGACAAAAUUUAUCCCCAAAUAGCCUUAUUUGUAGGAUAAUUAUCUAAAAAUAUAGAUAUGAAGAUGCAAACUACAGUGUUUAAUCAUGCAAUAGUUAAAUUAAAUGAUGGCUUUAAUGUGUGCACCAAACAAGUAUAUUAAAACCAUAUUAUGGAUCCAUAGCCAUCUAGGAUUUGGUUUAUUAGGCUUUAAAAAUAGAUAAACUAUCUUAAAAGUAAGCAGAAAUGUGUUCAAUCUAUAACUAAAUUAACUGCCAAAUAAAAUGGCACUGAGUUUAAGGGAGUGUAUUAUGGUUUUAUGGUCAAAUUAUUUUUGGUAUAUUGAAUGUGAAUUCAAAAGGAAGGCUAUAAACAAAAUUCCAAGAAGAGCUAGAGGAAAAGAUUUAAGAACUAGUUAAAAUAUUGCUGAUAUAAAGGACAGUAAUAAGAAAGACAAAAUUUGCUACUGUUGGAGGAUAAGAAAAGAAAGUAAAACUCAGAUUAUUUGAAGUCUUGCAAUUUGAUUCUACAUUGGUAGGCAUACAUACACACACACACACACAGAACAUGUGUUCACAUAACCACCAAAACUAUACAUAGAUCUGAAUGAAGUGAACAGUAAACAUUUUCUAGAAGACAAGCUGAACUGAACACACAGACCCGUUUUCAAUAAUAAGGUCUGUCUGUUAGACUUGAAUGGCACACCAGUCUGUCAAGGGAGCGAUGAAAUCAUCACAGACUGUUGAGUGAUUCAAAAUUAGCUCAGACAAAGCACUUUAAAAAUACACUGUAGGAAGCAAUCUAAUGUUGGUAAGGCAAUAAAAAGAAUGACCUAAAUCAGCUUUUUCCAUGUCUAAUUUUUAUUACUUUCAUGUCAUUUAAAAAGAUCUAAGUGUAAUACAUACAGAAGUACUGAAAGUAAGGGCCUAAACUCUAAAGUUAUUACUGUGUAACAUUAAUAUAACACUUGAUAUUCAUGGCUUUCUGGUGGAAACAAUACAAAUGUACCUGUGUGUCCUUAGAUCUCUCCCCAUUACUCUUAAAUCAACAAUGAAGAAAGAACUGAGGGUUCAGAGCAGUAUUUAAGACAUGAUUGAGGGAAUUUGUUCUUAAGGGUUAAGUUCUAAACACAUAUAUCCAACAUAACAGACCCUGAUAAUUGUAGUCAAAGUUAAAUGUAAUUUAAUUUUUUCAUAUGUAAAUGACAUUAUAGCUGGAUAUAAACAUAUGGUAAUUAUAGAAAAAUUGUAUGGUGAUUCUUUGAGAAUUACUAGCUAACAUAUAUAAAGGAAUAAGGGAUUGGAUGGGAAGCAGCUACUAGAAUAGUUAUUUUUCAUGUUCUUUCUAACCUUAGCUAGGCAAUCAGAUGUAGUUUUUUAUAUCAUAUGAUUUCUCUUAUAUUCAGAGACAGUCAAGGUACUACAUAAAGUGAAUGAAGUUGUUUGCAGUGAAAGGGCUCAAUGCAUUAUUCUCACAGUUUCUAAUUUAUGCUUUUUGGUAUCUCUUUUGCUUCUUUAUCCUAUAGUGGUUUUCUUGGGACACCUUUGCUCAUCUUUGGGAAACUUUCCUAUCCUCAUGUCAAACAAAUGCACUUUCACUGGUGUGGUAACUUACUUCUCCCAGGGUCAGCCUUUGGAUGAACCCAUGGUUAGACUUCCAGCCCCAUGGGGCCUGGAACCAAUCCUGACAGAGGUUUCCCUUAUGUUGAUUGUCUCUAGACCAUGUGCCCUGUCAGCUGUGCAAAUGCUUGGUCACUCACUGACCUUCCCUACCCCAGAUAACUGGUUUUGCAUAAAUUUCAUAGAAAAUUAGAUUAUGCUGUCUUCUCUUAACAAUCCUUGUUUCUUAAAGCAUGCUACUUCACACAAAGUCCAUGUACAUGCAGAAAACAGAGAGCAAGGUCAUUUGCCCGCUUCUUGAAUUUAGCUAUGGCAGUGAGACAAAAUUAAAUAACCACUUUGUUUUCCUCUGGAAGUGGUGGAAGAGAGGAGGUGCUUGCCUGAGCAGCAUUUGCCGUGGUGUCUAAUCCACUGGUAGUGGGUAGAAGAUGUUCAAUAAGCAUUUGUUGAGUGAAUGAAUGAAUGGAUGGAUGAUCAUUUCCAAGUAGGCUAUAUUUUUGGCAUGAAACAUCCUGCUUCCCUUUCUUUGUUCCUAGCCACCUAGGGUAGUAGAGCCUGAGGGCUGGUGUAAGAGCACAGGAGGAGGAGAAGAGAAUGGGAAUUUUAGUGUCCAAAUAGCCAUCUUUUGAAAGAUGAACAUAUGUACAAUUUUUGACUAGUCUUCGUCUCUCUCUGAACUAUUCAAAAUGAUGUAGUGGGGAAAAAAUCAUAUAAUUUAGGAGUCAAAUUGAUCUGUGUCUAAAUCCUAAGUUUGCUACCUGCUGAUAGUCUAACCUUUCUGAAUUUCAUUUUCCUUUAUUUAAAAUGGAUGAAUUACCUUCUGCCUUGGAGGCUUGUGAGGUAAAUUGCUCCACAUAGUGUGUAUCUAGUCUUAACAAUAUGGUUUCCAUAUUCUGAGUAUCUCCUAGGUACCUGGGUCAGGGCUGGAGGAUGUACAAGCAUUUUCAUUAAUCAUCACACCACCUGUGCAAGAUAAUUACAUUACAUAGAUAAUUAAACUGAGGCUCAGUAAUGUAAAGGAAUCUAUACAAGAUCAGAGAAUUAACAAUUGUGAAUGCAGAGAUUUGACUUUAAAUUUAUCUGAAUCCUGAGCCCAGGCUUUUCUUUUACCCUAAAUAAUAAGUAUUAUGUCCUUUCCUUUCUCAAAAGGAAUGGCAAUAACACAGUUAUCCCUCUCUUAAUUCAUCUGUUUACCCUCUUCUAUAGGGUAGAACCCCUAUUUUCCAUAAUAGACUCCAACAGUCCCAUUCAUUCUAGUCAUUUAUUCAUAAUGUAGCCAUGGCCUUCAUUUAGGUAGUGAUUUUAGGUACUAUUGGAUCUCAAGUAUUUUCAGUAGAUUUAUUCUAUAUUAUUUCAGGUUAGAUACUGUUAUACAGAAGACCAUAGAGGGUAGGGGAUGCAAUAAGCUAUUAGAGAUAACUCAAGUUUUCUAUUACCUAAUAGAGGAAGAAAACAAGAUAUAGCCUUCCGGGUAUAUCAAAGCACGGAAUGUCUGUUCUGUCAUGAAUGGAGUCAAAGAUUCUUCUGGCCAUGUGUUUAUAUGUGAUGUCAGUGGGAACUUUGAGUAGUAAGGGUGGAGAAGCCAACUUGGAUGAUCUGACUUUGCAAUUAUUAGCAGAAGCUGGAAAUGCUUAUAACCAAGGCUGAGUCAUAAGGCUAUGAACCUUGGAGUUAUUCUGACUGUUGUCUUUAAUUAAAUGAGCCCAGCCCUAGUAGAUUCUGGCAAGUCAGCUAUUCAGAAAACACCAUUUUUUUAGAAAUCUUCUAACCUUCCCAAGGUUUGUUUUUACUUAGCAUCCUGGACUUUGUUUUUGUUUCCUGUUUUCAGAUUUAUAAUCGCUUAGAUACAAAUUGCUGUGGAUUCAGACCUCGCAAGGAAGACGCCUGUGUACGGAAUGGACUGAGGCCAAAAUGUGAUGACCAAGAUUCUGUGGCUCUAGCACACAUUAUCCAGAGAAAGCAUAACCCGAAG